AUGAAGAGCAACACCUUCAUCAUCUUCAACAGCAUUGGGAUCUAUUGUGCCAUUUUCCACACGUCAGCAUGGUCUGUGAACAACUUUCUGAUGACGGGACCAAAGGCGUAUCUGACCUAUUCCACCAGUGUGGCUGUGGGGGCCCACAGCGGGAUUGAAGAAUGUAAACACCAGUUCACCUGGGAGCGCUGGAACUGCCCAGAAAGUGCCCUGCAGCUCUCGACUCAUAACAGACUGCGGAGUGCUACCAGAGAAACCUCUUUUGUUCAUGCCAUCAGCUCUGCUGGAGUAAUGUACACGCUCACCAGAAACUGCAGCAUGGGAGACUUUGACAACUGUGGCUGUGAUGAUUCAAGGAAUGGCCGUGUAGGUGGCCGAGGAUGGGUCUGGGGAGGCUGCAGUGAUAAUGUGGAAUUUGGCGAGAGAAUUUCCAAACUAUUUGUGGAUGCUUUGGAGACAGGACAAGAUGCCAGAGCUUUAAUGAAUCUGCAUAACAAUGAAGCAGGGAGACUUGCUGUGAAAGCAACAAUGAAAAGGACGUGUAAGUGCCACGGGGUAUCGGGCAGCUGCAGCAUCCAGACCUGCUGGCUCCAGCUUGCUGAGUUUCGAGAAAUUGGGAAUUAUCUGAAGAUCAAAUAUGACCAGGCCCAGAAGCUGGAGAUGGACAAGAGAAGGAUGAGAGCUGGGAAUAGUGCCGACAGCCGUGGGGCCACAGCAGAGACUUUCAGCACCGUGCUAGCCACAGAACUUGUCUUCCUGGAAGACUCUCCUGAUUACUGCGUCAGGAAUGCCAGUCUGGGCCUCCAUGGCACCGAGGGGCGGGAAUGCCUGCAGAGUGGCAAGAACUUGUCUCAGUGGGAGAGGAGGAGCUGCAGGAGGCUCUGCACUGAGUGCGGCCUGAAAGUGGAGGAGAAGAGGACUGAGAUUGUCACCAGCUGCAAUUGCAAGUUCCACUGGUGCUGCAUGGUGAAAUGCCAGCAGUGCAAACAGGUGGUUACCAAGCAUUACUGCUCCAGAAGAGAUGGCUCGUCUCCCAAUACCACCAGGCGGCGGAACAGGGGGCACAAGAGAUAAUUGGCAACUCACUGCUGUUAACAAGUGGAUUCAUGACAAAGAUCUGCUUUUCCAAUUACCCGCGGUUGCCAACUGAUCACCAAAUUUGAGGUUGGGAAGAAAUUUCCCCAGGAUCCUGAGGGACAUGGUGGGGUGGGAGGCGCUAAUCUUCCUCUUAAAGCGUUAAAUGGGGAUUGUCCAGGUAGGGUCAGGUGGGUGUAUGCCACAUGACCGAUGUUGUGUGAUUACACAGAGCAGGCCAUGGGCCCUAGUGGACCUCGGGCCUUCCUGCCUACUUUCCUGGUUUUUAUAUUUCCUUGUAACACGCUUCUUCCUCGCAGUUACUGUAUUUGUGUAUCCGGGUAAAGAAGUAGUUUCAUUUUUUGGUAUAUCAGAUGACAGUCUGUGGGCCUGAUUCAGUUGUCAUUUACACCACUGUCAAUCUGCAGUAAAUCCACUGAGGCAGUGGAGUAACUCCAGGCAUCAGUAUAACAGAGAUCCGAUCUCGCUGUUCCAGGCUGAAAUCUGGUCUCAGGUACCUAUGCGCUUCCCUGUUGACUUCAAUGAUGCCGCACAAGCCUAAGAGCGGAAUAUGAACCUGUGUGGUUGAUGCACGUCUUGCUUGUAGAUAUUUUUAAUGUAAUACUUACGCACUUUCUGAUGUGAGAAGGGUCUUCACAACAUCAUGGUUUAUAUUGGGACAACUACAACUUUUUUCACCUUAAGUGCUUUCCUAGAUUUACAGGCAGUAUGUACAGAUUUCAUGCAAUAUAUAUUGUGUUAUUUCAUCCAAUAUAAAUCAGAUGGACUCUCUCUCUCUCCCUCUCUCUAUAUAAAACUGU